UUACAACCCUCUGUCGACUGCUAUUUGGCCAGAUUUUUAUGUUUGUAUUGAAGCCGAACAAUAGAAAAACUUUACGGCAUUUGCCGUUCUCUGUGUAUUUUUAUAACACACUUUAACACAACAAGCAUAAGGAUAAGGGAUCUGGUAUAGUUUUCAACAGCACCAACAAAAAACGAUACGAAAAUCGUAUCGAGUGCGGAGUGCCACUUAUGUUUAGUGUUUGACUACUUUAGGUGCUACAGUCAAGAAUUUAGUAUCGUCUGGAGCGGGUGUUUUUAUUUUCGAGAGCGAUUAUUUUAUGCUUUUGAUAUGUCACAUUCAUUCGAAUAGUUCGUUAUCGUGUAAUUAAAAUAGAGUGAAUCGUUGCAAUUGUGAAUCAAAAUAAAUUGAAAUGCUUUCAUGUGAUUUUAUCGAGUUUUAAAACGUGAAGAAAAAUUUAUUGACUUUUUUUCGAAAAUAAAUAUCAAUUGAUUGGCCAAAAAGUCAAAUACAAUAGUGAUCAAUAAUUGAUAUACAUCGAAGUAGAAGUAACCGUAUUGAAACGGACCAAUAAAUAGAAACAGUCAUAGAGUACAAAAAGUGUAUUCAAUUGUGCAAUCCAAGUUAAGAUCAAAGUUUUAAAACUGGCAAUCGUGGCGACUGAGAAUAAAAAACGACGGUGUUCACCGUCCCCAUCGCCAACUCGACGAACGUCGGUUGAGGAUCGGAUAUCAGAACCAAGAUCAAUUCCUCCAGUAUCGUCACAUUUUAACGGCAUAAUGCCACCAUCGGCUCCAUUUUUAACAUGGUCACCAAUCUUAUUACCACCAUGGGGACCAGCUCUUUUCCCAGCUGCGUUAUACCCAGCCGCUUUGCGAUCACUACCAGGAUUAUUGGACAGUAUGAAAGUACCCGGACAACGAAGUAGUUUUCAUAUUUGUGAUAUUUUGGAUUUGAACAAUGCUUCGGACAACAAAUCAAGUCAAAACAACAAUAACAACACUACUAGCCAUAAUAACAAUAGCACAAACACAUCCUUUCCACCACAAACAAGCCCGCCGGUAUCCCGAGAUGGAGAUUCAAUUACAAAUCUAAAUGACUCUAUUGCGUCAACCGGAUCAUCGGUUGGACAUGUGCCACUUGUACCGCCACCACCACCAUAUCAACUCACACCAAACUUAAGCAGUGCAAUUUAUUCCGAAUUAGGCCACCACUAUCAGUCAAUGUUCCCAUCGGCCGCCACCAAAUCAUGGCUCAAAGAACACGAACAAUACGCAAGUCAACAACAAGCCAGUCCAGACAGUACUUCACCAGUUACAUCUGAGGUAUCAUAUACAGCCAUUGGAAAUUACACAUCAUCACAUAUGGUUAAUUCUACUAAUAAAUUGCCGCCAAUUUCACAAGAUGUUUCACCGCUCGUUAUGUAUGAUCGUCAAUCACAAAGUGAUCAUGAUCGAAAUGAGAGUGAAAAUAUGGAUGACAUCGAUGAUAUCGAUGGCGAAGAUGAUCUCGGUGACGAUAUGUGUGAUGCUGGCCAACAAAAUGGAAAUGGUACGGGCAAUGGAAUGCAAAAGAAACGUAAGCGUCGUGUUCUGUUCUCAAAACAUCAAACCUUUGAAUUGGAAAGACGUUUCCGUCAACAACGGUAUCUAUCAGCUCCCGAACGAGAGCAUUUAGCAAGUCAGAUUCAUUUAACGCCGACUCAAGUGAAGAUUUGGUUUCAAAAUCACCGUUACAAAACGAAACGUGCCCAAACUGAGAAAGGUGUCUACGAUCCACAACAUCAUCAAUCCGGCUCGCUGUCGUCGCCACGCCGUGUUGCUGUUCCCGUACUUGUUCGAGAUGGUAAACCAUGUUUGAAUGGUACAAAACAAGACCUUGCUAUGGCCGUCGCCAAUAAUGCUCACAUGGUUUUGCCACCAAAUCCAUAUCAACAUCCGUCAUUAUUGCAUAGCGUUCAUCAACGUGCAUGGUGGUAAAUCAUUUGAUAGAUCCCAAUUUCAUUCAUUUAAGAUGACCUUUGCGUAAAAGGUAAAAUCGUGGUGAAUACAAACGUAAAUAAAUGAAGGAAAUUGUAUAUUGUAAAUCUAUUCUAGCAAUAAUAAUUUUAUGCAUAAAAAAAUAUGAAACAAAAAUAAAUAAUUAGAAUGUUUUCCACAUUGAAUAUAGUGUUUGGUUUAUGAAGCGUAGAGCAAAGCUAAGAUUAGUUAAUUAUUAUUAUUUUUUUGGAUCAAUACCUUAAACCAUUCAUUCAACUUUAUUUGAUAGAGUUUUGUAUGGAUGGCAUUGGUGUUGAUUCAAAUGUCCAAUUAUUUAAAAUGUAUUUUAAAACAAUUGAUUUAUUUGCAAGUAAAUCACAUCCGUAACAAUUGGCGAUUUUCUUUUUAAUUUCAAUUUGUUUAUUUAAAUAGAAUUAUAAUUUAAAUAAAAUAUGUGAGGUACAAA